UCGGCGAGUGGCCGGGCGGCGUGGUUAUUUGUUGGCGGCUUCGUGUCAUGUCGAUUCGCAGCCACCGAGUAUUUUGCUUGAAAUUGUCGCGCGUAGCAACGACCUUAUUGCAGCAUCAUCAUCGCUCAUCAUGAUCGUUCUUACCUCGCCGCUCGCGCGGCUCAUGCCAACAGCUUGAGGUGCGGGCGAGAAAUAAACGUGUUACGAUCGGCCCCGCUUCGUCUUUCGCUUCAACUGAUGUGGCGCCGACGACGGCACGGUCACUUCGGCCACCAUCAGUCUACCUCAUUCGCUACAACCUCUUUCGUUGUUUAUGCUACUUUCCGAAACAAACACUGCGCUUCCGUCGCAACAGCGUUCGCAAAGCUUCCUUUUUUUUUCGUGGAUACUCUGCAGUUUUGUUACUCUGCGUCCUAGAUUGAUCCUACCGAGUGCGCAAAGCGCUGCAGGGCCGCUAGGUGUAUUUACGGUAAUAUACCACGUAACUCAGUUCGCCCCUUAAUUAAUGGUCCUAACAAAUCAACCCAGCAAGUUACUGACCUCGCAUUGCAUUCCUCAAAUUUGUGAAUUGUACAUGGCGAGUUAAUAAGGUUCAUUAAAAUCUUCCAUCAAUCUUGAGCCUUAUUAAAAUGCCUUGCGUAUGUUUUUCUCUCCAGCUCGAUGCCACCAGGAACGUCAGACAAGCUCAUUGCACCUGCCGAGGUGGUAUCUCAGGCCAGUGCAAGCAUGCAGCAGCAGUGGUUACGUUCGUCAACAAGGAAGACACCUCGACAAAGACCUCUGUCGAGAACGUAUGGAAGAGGCCAUCUGCCAAGCAGCUGGGAAUGUACAACAAGGGAGUCUUGUUCUCCGAGAUGUACCCUCCUAAACCCCCAGAUCAGAAGCUGGUGAGGCAACCCGUGCCCAGAGCCAUCAUCGACUCAAACUGCCCCUUGGGCAUCAUGCUACGCCAAGAGCAAGAAAUAGCCGAAAACCUGGCUCAUUUGGACAAGGUGCUCGGACGGCUAGGACAGCCGAGCAAUACAUUUGGAGCAGAAAGCAUCCCAGUCGAAGAAGUAAGCGAUGACUUUCUUCUCAAGGUCGUGGUCACUGAGGAAGAACGCAGUGACAUCGCUAAGCAGACAAUUCUGCAAAGUGGAUGCCCGCAGUGGCAUUGUGCGCGGGCUUUGAGAAUUUCUGCCAGCUCCAAAGCUCACCGUAUCAAGAUACGUCAAGCGGACUUUGAGAGCUUGGCACAACAACUUGUUACGCCGCGAUCUUUCAAAAGCGCUGCAUGUGCAUAUGGCAUAUCAAUGGAACCAGUUGCACGAAAGGAAUACGAGUCCAAAACGGGCCGCAAGGUGAUUCAAGUCGGACUUGUGAUCAGCACUUCGCAGCCGUGGCUGUGCUGCAGUCCCGAUGGCUUGAUUGAUGAAGAAGGAAUCCGCUUGCUGGAGAUCAAGGCCCCUUACAGGUGCGAGUCACGGCCUGUAGUUGACCGCGAUAUCAACGUCGACUAUCUCCACUUCAAUGGAAAAAACCUGCAACUACGAGAAAGUCACCCCUACUACACACAGGUUCAAAUAAGCAUGUAUGUAGUAGGUGCGAGCAGAUGCGACUUCUACGUGUACUCGCCAAAGGGGUCAAAAUGUAUGGAAGUAAGAAGGGACGAUUCCUUUCUGGAAGAAGUCGUGCCAAAAUUGGAGUGGUUUUUUUUUAGGCACUACUUCCCUGCUGCGCUGAGGCAGCAAAGUUUGUGUUAAACUCUAAUAUUACUGGGGUAUAACGUCCCGAAACCACGAUAUGAUUAUGAGGGAUGCCGUAGUGGAGGGCUCCGGAAAUUUUGACCCCCUGGGGUUCUUCAACGUGCACGUACCUAAGUACACGGGCCUCAAGCAUUUUCGCCUCCACCGAAAAUGCGUGUGUUAAACUCUAGCGUUACGUUGCGUAUAAAGGAAUUUGCUGAGGUUUUCUUUAUUGAUUUGUAAUUUUUUUCUUUUACGACUACAGUUACAUGCCUUGUUCAACUGUUUACUUAGCAUGAAACUUCUCUAUGUGCAAUAGUGUAUAAUGGUUUUUGUUGCUGCAUUCUCCAAGUAUAGGCAUCCAGGUGCUGGAGUCCUAGUCAGGCAGAGAACGUCUGCCUUUUAUUGCUUAAAAUAAUCUAGCGUUACGUUCCGUAUAAAGAAAUUCGCUGAGGUUUCCUGUAUUGAUUUGUAAUUUUUUUCUUUAUGACUGCAAAGUUACAUGCCUUGUGCAAUUGUUUACUUAGCAUGAAACUUCUCUAUGUGCAAUAGUGUAUAAUGUUUUUUUGUAUUUGUUAUGUGCAAUAAUGUAUGUUUUUUGUUGCUGCAUGCUCCCAGUGUGGGCAUUCAG